AUGUCCUCCAACAACAACAACAACAACAACAACAAACAGGUCAAGUCGAUCGUGAGAAAAGCCGUUCAGUUGGGCGCUCCCAUGUACAACAGUGGCGACAUUGCCGGCUGUUACAAUGCGUACGUGAUCGCCGCCAAGGAAGCUGCCAAUGUGAAUCCAGGGAGUCCGACUUCCGAGGCGCUGUUGUUGGCACUCCAAGAAGCCGAAGCGAAAAAGGCUCCGAAAAAGGGAGCGUGGGUCUUGCGCAAGUGUUUUGACUUGAUCAUGGCGGCGCAAGACGACAGUAGUGUGAGUAAUAGUAGUGACGAAGAAGGUCAAGUGGAAAGUCUGUCCGAUUUGUUGGCCCGUACCAUUGCCAAGGGCUCUGCGCUGUUUAAUCAAGGCGACACGAAAGGCUGUUACGAAGUCUACUUUGACACGGCCAAGUACGCCUGUAUGCAAGAAAAGAUUGCCCAAUCGACCGUGGGUCAAUGGCUGGAAGCCGCGACAGACGAAGCCAUGCCAAUGGCGGAAUCCAAAGAUUACGCCCAAGGCGCGUGGAUCUUGCGGCGUUGUUUUGACGACAUUUUAAAGGCGCGGUCGAAUUGGUCUUCUACCAAGAAAACCAGUGACAGCAGUAUGCACUUUUUUCACAACAUGUCACCCCGAAAAUCCAGUAUCACUCUCAUUGGUAUUGAAAAUCCCAUGAUGCCUCCCAGCGACAACGACGAUAGAAGUACCGUCGAUACGGACGGUGGUUAUUGGCAAGAUGAAAAGAUCCCCAAUACGUCCGAUUGGGAAAUUGGAACUUGCAUUGCCGAUUUCAAUCACAUUCUACGAGGCACCAUUCAAACUUCUACCCACAAACGAUUCUUGGUCACUGCGCCAGACAGUUUUGUGGGCUCGGACGCCGUACACGUAUUGACCAGUUUGGGAUUGGCACCCGAUCGAGACAUGGCCGUCAUGAAAUGUCAAAUGCUUGUCGCCGGGAGUUUUAUGAUUCCUAUUGGCGAUUCCGCGGGCUUUCAAGAUGGUACUCACUUGUAUCGAUUCUCCACCCUCGAUGAAAUGAAGGCACAACUCGAGAAAUUCCAGAAGAAGGCACCGCACAAGGAAGGAUCCCAACAGGCCCAAUUGACACUGGCUCUUCAAAUCACACUCCGAGAAGCCUCGGCCACAACAACAGCAACAACAACCACCACCAGCCCACUUCAACCACUGUCGUCGUCCACUACAGAGGAACAGCAGAAGGGUGUUGACUUGGCCAAAAUGGCCCAAAAAGCCGAACAAGUCAUUUCCAUCAAGGACCGUACCCAUUUGCUCAAAACUUAUCCCAACUGCUUUGUCGGAAAGGAUGCCGUCGCAACUCUCGUCCAACAACACGUCUGUCGUUCCAAAGAAGAAGCCAUUGAAGCCAUGAAGGAACUCCACGCCGUCGGGCUCAUUCAUCACGUCCUCUAUCAUCACGGAUUUGAAAACAAACAACUCUUUUAUAGAUUCACAGCGCCCGGUGAUUUGCGCAAGGCAUUGGAUGCCAUUCGUCCGGCGACUGAAGUGACGCGGCAUGCCGCAUUGGUCACGCGCUAUCAACAACACGUCGGAGCUCUCAAUGUCACGUCCAUUCUCAAUAGUUUCUUUGGUUGCACGGACAAGGAAGGAUGGGAUGUCGUCGAUUUGCAAAAUUGGCGCAACAACAUGAAACGAUGGGGAUUUGGACGACGCGAAGAUCAGGACGAUGUCAUGGUGGAACGAUUGGCGCCCUUGGCGUUGACGACGUCGCCCGAAGAGUGGUGGGAUGGUUUGACACCAGAGGAACAAGAAGAGUGGACGUCGCCGUGGGGGAUUCUCGCCCAAGUGGCCAUUUUUGAUCAAGUUCCACGAUCGGCCUUUCGGGGGACACCCGAUGCCUUUAAAUGGGAUGAUCUCGCCAUCAAGGCCAGCAAAUUGGCCAUUGAACGGGGAUACUUUGACACGGCGUACAAAUCGACACUCAAUCAAUUUCUGGUAUUGCUGCCAUUGGAACACAGCGAGAGCUGGGAAGAUCAAAAGCUAGGCGUGUCACUCUUGUUGAAGUUACUCAGUACCGUGGCCAUUCAAGACGAAGGACUGAGUGACUACGAGAUUGUCAAACGACUCGAAUUCAGCAAGCGAUUGGCCACGGCCUUUUUGGAACACGCCCAAGUGAUUGCCAAAUUCAAACAUUACCCGCAUCGAAAUGGGCCGCUCGGCCGUACGACGACGUUGGAAGAACGAGUGUGGUUGGCUUCGGAUCUCGUACCACGAUGGGCCAAAUCGCAAAACCCCGAAGAUGCCAGCAAAAAUGUCAUUCAGCUGCCCGUCAUUCCACUCAAAAAGUUGACGCGGGGAUAG